AUGGCUUUUGCAGGAACUCUCCUGCUCCUACUCUUUGCUCUGAUCCCUUCAUCUCAUGGAGCUCAAAUACCAAGUCCAGACCAACCCAAGGAGAUCCCACUAACCACAAAUGGCCAGCCGUUAACCUGGGCCCGCAUGAGACUCCCCAAAACCAUCUCCCCACUCCACUAUGACCUGAGCCUCCACCCCAACCUCACCACCCUGGACUUCACCGGCGUCGUUCGCAUAGACCUGGACGUGCACGAAGACACCAGCGUUGUGGUUCUCCAUGCAAAGAAAAUGUACAUAUCAAGCGCGCUGUUGCUCGCGCCAGCGGGCACGAGGGUCCUCCAGGUUCUGGAGUAUCCUCGCUUUCAUCAGCUCGCCUUGAUGUCUGACGUGGUGCUGACCAAAGGUAGGAAGUAUGAGGUCCAGCUGGAGUUUGCUGCAAACCUGUCUGACAGCUACCAUGGGUUCUACAAGAGCAGCUACCGCACCAGCACCGGGGAGGUCCGGGUCAUGGCAUCAACACAGUUUGAGGCGACCUUUGCUCGUGGGGCCUUUCCCUGUUUUGAUGAGCCCGCCUUCAAAGCCAACUUCACCAUCCGGAUUAUUAGAGAGCCACGCCACAUUGCCAUUUCCAACAUGCCUAAGAAGUGGUACUCGGGGGAUGAGCUGGAUGUCAGGGCCAUCAUGGACACCUGGAUGCUGCAGGAGGGCUUCCCGCUGGUCACCGUGGAGGUCAAAGGGCGGGAGGUCAGGCUGAGUCAGGAGCGCUUCCUGAGGACGGACAACCCCUCCCUCACUGAAGGGUUCUUGUGGCAGAUCCCGUUGACCUACAUGACCAGCACCUCCUGCUCCGUCCACCGUUUCCUUCUGAAAACAAAAUCUGACGUCCUGUACCUGCCAGAGGAGGUGGACUGGGUGAAGUUCAACGUCAACAUGAGCGGCUACUACAUGGUCCACUAUGGCGGUGGGGGCUGGAACUCCAUCAUCUCCCUGCUGCAUCACAACCACACAGCCCUGAGUGGCAACGACCGGGCCAGCCUGAUCCACAACGUCUUCCAGCUGGUCAGUGUAGAGAAGGUGAGGCUGGACACGGCCCUGGAGCUGUCCCUUUACCUGUCCAGAGAGACGGAGAUCAUGGCGGUCUGGCAGGGCUUUGGGGAACUUGUACCUCUCUACAAACUGAUGGAGAAGCGAGACAUGCCUGAGCUGGAGAACCAGAUGAAGAGCUUCAUCGUGGAUCUGUUCCGGGGGCUGAUCGAUCAGCAGGAGUGGAACGACUCUGGCUCGGUGUCCCAGCGAGUGUUGAGGAGUUACCUGCUGCUGUUCGCCUGCGUCAGGAACUACAGUCCCUGUGUGACCAAAGCCACGCAGCUUUUUAACCAGUGGAGGGAUUCUGAUGGCACCAUGAGCCUCCCUGUGGACAUCACCAUGGCCGUGUUUAUGGUUGGAGCUCGCACACGGGAGGGGUGGGACUUCCUGUAUGAGAAGUACCGCACGUCUCUGCAGAUGUCGGUGAAGAGCCGCUUGAAGUGGGCCAUGGCGGUAACAACGAUGACGGACAAGCUUCAGUGGAUGAUGGAGCAGAGCCUCAACGGGGAGGUGAUGAAGACCCAGGACCUCCCAGAUGUGAUCGUCUCUGUCGCCAGGAAUCCUCAUGGCUUUAAACUGGCGUGGGACUUCCUCAGAACCCACUGGCACACGCUGAUUCAGAAGUUUGACCUGGGAUCCAGCACUAUAUCCCACUUGGUAGCCGGAGUAACCAACCAGUACUCCACCAGAGAGAUGCUUCACGAGAUACGAAGCUUCUUCGACUCCCUGACAGAAGAGGCGGGUUCUCAGAUGAGGUGCAUCCAGCAGAGCUACGAGACCAUCGAGGACAACAUCCGCUGGAUGGACAGGAACCUUCCUCUGCUGCAGGCCUGGCUGAACAAACAUGGCAGCAGAAACCACCAUCAGGAGUUAUGAAGGGGGGGUUAAGGGGUCACAGAAGCCAAAACAGAAGCAGGUCGAUGAUAGAAUUUCUAUAUUUUUUCUUGAUGAAAAAUGUUUUACCUGAUGUAUUUUUUUAAACAGGAACUAAAGUAUGAAAAUUAAUUUAUGCCAAUGGAAAGGUUUAGGGGUUUUGACAAACUUAAAAAUGAAUUAUUGCAUAAUUUAAAUACAUUUUAAGUGCAUACGAUCGUAGCUUAAUUGGAUUAAAGGUUUUAAUUUUUUGUGAUGUAUUAUAGGCACAAAUUUGGGACCUGGACACUUUUUCUAAGAUUGAUCCUGAUGUGUUUCUGUGGGUUUGUGUUAACGGUAGUUUUUGCUGUGGGGGGGCUAUGUUCAACAGCACUGACGUCUGAAUUUCUGUGAAUUUCUUUUUUUUAUUGCACUAUUCUUUUAAUGCUGUAAAAAGGAUUUUAUUCAAAGCAGAUAAUUGAUAUUUCUGAAAUAUUCCGCAUCAGAUCAUGUUUCUGAUCAGUUUAUCAAAGAUAAAAUUUCCAACUUGAUUAAAAAUAUAAUAAUUAAAUUUUGGUUACAUUCUAAAUGAGAGAUGACCUUAAGUUGAAGUGAAAAUAGUUUAUCAAUGCAGAAAAUAAUGUAAACAUGUAAGAUUUAUAGUCACAAAGCUUUAUAAAUAGUGUCCUAAGUUCCCUUAUGAGUUAAAAGAGACAUUAAAUAUUUUCCUUACAUUAUAAAAAUAAAAUAAUGUUUUAAAUGGGAUUAAGGAAAAACACUUUUAAACCAUAACAGUUCAUAACAGGAUUCAUUUUUCUGUGUUUUUAUUUUCUUAUCUUCGACAGACUUAUUUCUGGAUUCACUAAGACAGGGUUUUGACUUUGCUAAGAUGUAAAAAGAAUGUUGGAAAUUCCAAAAACAUUUUGAAAACACAAUAAAAGUCCAGUUGCAACUUUUCUGGAUACAUUUUUCUGAUUUGGGGUUUUUGGUACAAUUAAGAAUUUUACUGCUUUGAUUUUCAUUUUAAGAUCAAAAACAUUUAGAAAAAUGUUUAAUCUUUUAAUGUGGAUGAUUUCUUAAACACAUUAAAACUUCUGGAUGGCAA